CCUGCAGUGCAUCGGUCAUGGAAAAAUAAAAAUUGAGCCUUCCCAGGGACCAUCAGCGCCUUUUUUUUUUGGGUUGCCAAAUACUACCAAAAAAAAAAAUCUGUCUGGGUUUGAAAAUGGCUAUUUCAACGAUCUUGUCAUUGCUGCAUUGAAGUUAGAAUUGCUUCUCAAAGAAAGAGUGUGCAUGUAUAUAUACAGCAGUUGUAUUGUUUUGCGUCCAGGCCUUUCUUUGAAGGACUGACUACGGGAAUUUGAAGAUCAUUGCUCAAUUGUGGCCUGAAACCUUGCUGAGAAGCAUAUUUUGAUCAAGAGUUUUUAGUUGUUUUGGAUCUUCUUUCCCUGAAAAAGACAAAAUUAUAUGUUUUCACCUCUCCAGUUUUACAGCUCUCUUUCUGAAUUGUACUGGAUUUGCAUUUUCCAAGAGUGUAUAAUAUCAGAGGCCUUUUUCUCUUGGACAACAAUAUGAAGCCUGUGGAGCAAAAUGAUGACAAUCAACAAAUACAAAAGAAAGGGAAAGGUCAUGAUACUAUUUACCUCAUCUCUAGCAGUACAGAAACCAAAAUGUGGUGUAGCCUUGUAGGCAUUUCUGUAGCUCUUCUUGUGGACAGACAUUUCCAGCGGUAUCUUUAAUGCACCAUAUGAUAGAAUACAAAAUUCCUUAAAUCCUCACUUUUGUCUUUCUUUGGUUUGAGACGAGACUGACUCUGAUGAAUGAUGCUACAGCCACGUUGUGGCCGUAACUACCUUUCCUUCAAAAGACACAUAAAAGUACCUUGAACUUCCAAUCUCUCGUGGACUAGAAGAGAGACUUACUUUAGUUUCUGAUUGGGGAGAUAAUAGCCAGUAAGUACUGGUGAAGCCAAAUUUGCGAUAGAUAGAGAUGCAUUCCAUGUGGGUGUCUUUGAAGGAGAAUGUAAACUGCAGGAGUAAGCUAACUGAUGUAGUUCACACGACAGAAAAAUUCGUUCAGAACAGAAGCUAUACUCUUGAAAAUGAUACCUCAGACAGUGAGCUUCUCCGUCAAAUGAAAAGGUCAUCGUGCAACGUGAAUUUUGGGCAAAACCAGACCCCCAAGCAGUUUUAUGAGCUGGAACUUGGUCAUCCGUCUAGGAAUGUUAUUGAGAUGAUCUUCCGAGCAGCAUCAACAAACUCCACAAAGCAUUACAUGAAGAUCAAAAAAGUUCUUAGGGUGAACAACCCAAUAGAGAUGCUAGAAAAGUUUGAGAAGUACAGAGGGGCAGUGAAGAACAAAGCCUAUGAACAAAAUAAAAGGCAUCCAAGAAGCAUGGUGGAUGGAAAUGAGUUGUUACGCUUCUAUGGCACAACGAUGACCUGUUGCAGCAGAAAGCUAACAAACGGUGUAUCUGAGCUUUGUAGAGAUCCCUUCUGUCGCGUCUGCAGAAUAAUUCAAUCAGGCUUCAACACAGAAUACAUGAGGAAGAAUGGAAUUCAGUUGAGCACGAGCAGCCAGGAUCUGAGUGAGAACAUGAUCACCAAUACAAAGGGGCAAAAUAUAAGGAGGGCUGUAAUAGUUUGUCGCACAAUAGCUGGGAGAAUUCUCAGAGUAGCUAAUAUGGUUGAUGGGGAAAAUGAAGAAGAUUAUGAUUCAAUUGGAAGUGGAGGACUAUAUUCCAAGCUAGAAUACUUGAUUGUACAAAAUCCUAGUGCUGUACUCCCCUGCUUUGUUAUAGUAUUCAACUAGAACCAUUUUUUCCCUUUUCUGGUCCAGUGAGAGUGAUUGCUACACAAUAGGGAUUAGCCUUCCCCAUACCCCAAAAUCAUGACACAGAUGAAUGUGGAAUUGGACCCAGUUACUUUACCAAGUAAGCUACAGAUGUUGAUCAAUCCAACUUGCAUUUGUAUUCUUCCUUUUAAUGUAUCAGGAAAAAAAAAAGAAACCAGUACAGUUUUCACUUCCACGACACAUUAUGACUCAGGU